CAUUUUCUACACCACAUUUUCAUUCAUACCAGAAUCAAACACACAAACAAAAACCCUCUUCUCAUCUUCAUCAUCUCCUUCUGAGCACACCUUCAACCACCUCUAGACAUUGGCAAAGCCAUGGGGCUCCUAAAGGCAAUAUUCAUCAUAGCAACAACCAUGGCUUUGUCCAUCACACUCACAAUGAAGGCCAUCACUCAAGAGGAAUCCAAACCCCCUUUUCUGCACCAUGAUUUUCCCUCUUCAUCAUCAUCAUCAUCAUCAUCAUCAUCAUCAACCACUCGUCAAAACACCAUUCUUCUCCCUUCCAAGAGGGUGACUCGCUUCCUUGCACAAGUCAAAAACCCUAAUGCUGCUGAUCACUGCCACAAGGACCAUGAAGUGUGCACUUUGCAGGGUGUGAAGAACUCCACGUGUUGCAACAACAAGUGCAUUGAUGUAGGGUACGACAAACACAACUGUGGUGCAUGCAAGAAAAAAUGCAAGUACACAGAGACAUGCUGUAGAGGGCAAUGUGUGGACACCAAUUUCGACAAGAGGAAUUGUGGGGAGUGUAACCAUCGAUGUGAAUUAGGUGAAUAUUGUGUCUAUGGAAUGUGUGGUUAUGCCUAAGGUUCAUCAUCAACAUGAGUCCCCAAUACAGGGUCCUAUGUUGUUAUUACUAUACGAGGUUUGCCAUUUUAUUAAAAUUAUUCAAUAAAGUAAACCACAUUUGUGGUACUUAUCUAACAAAAUAUAUACCACAACAUAUAUACAUAUAUUAUAUAUAUACAGUCUUUAUUAUUGCA